UUGGCCUGUGAAGUAGAUAGCCUCGCAAGUUAGGGCCAAGGAAACGAAAACUCGCCAGCCGUGCGCCCGUGUACAGGAUCGACCCAGCACCAUGGUGCACCAGGCUCAGGGGCAGAUGGUGCAGGAGGUGGCCGCCGGCAGCCUCCCCGCGCCGCCGAGCCGGUACGUGCUGAGGGAGGAGCACCGCCCAAUCGGCGGCAGCGUGGCGGCGGAGCUGCUGGACUUCCCCACCGUGGACCUGCAGCGUCUGGCCGAACCCGGCGACGUCGAGGAGGCCGCCAAGCUCCGGUCGGCGCUCGAGUCCUGGGGCCUCUUCGCGGUGACCGGCCACGGCAUGCCGGAGUCGCUCCUCGCCGGCGUGCGCGCCGCGGGGUUGGAGUUCUUCCACCUGCCGCCGGAGGAGAAGCUGCGGCACGCCAACCGGACGGACGACGGCGAGUUCCAGCCGGAUGGGUACGGCAUCGACCGCGUGGACACCGACGAGCAGGUCCUCGACUGGUGCGACCGGCUCUACCUCGCCGUGCAGCCGGAGGAGCGGCGGCGGGCGCGGUUCUGGCCCGCGAACCCGCCGUCGCUCGCGGGGCUCCUGCACGAGUACGCCCAGGGCAGCCAGCGGGUGGCCCGGCGCGUGCUCGCGGCCAUGGCGACGGCGCUGGGCCUCGGCGAGGAGUUCUUCCUCCGCCGCGUCGGUGACAGGGCCGCCGCGGACGCGCGCUUCACCUACUACCCGCCGUGCCCGCGCCCGGAGCUCGUGCACGGGCUCAAGCCCCACACGGACAACUCGGUGGUCACCGUGCUCCUCCUCGACCCCGACGUCGGCGGGCUGCAGGUGCUCAGGGACGACGGGCGGUGGGUGGACGUGCCCGUGCCCGGCCGCGGCGAGCUGCUCGUCGUGGUCGGGGACGAGAUGGAGAUCCUGAGCAACGCGCUCGCCGGCGCCGGCGACGACGUGCCGGCCCGGUACGUCGCGCGCGCAACAAACGACGCCGAGGCCGUGGCGGCGGCCGCGCCGGUCCCCGUCAUCGACGUCGGCCUCCUGUGCCAGCUGCAGCCGCGCGGCGAGAGCGCCACCGCCGAGGCCGCGAGGCUCCGGACGGCUCUCGAAUCCUGGGGCCUCUUCCUGGUCGCCAACCACGGCAUCGAGGCCCCUCUCAUGGACGCCGUGAUGGAGGCGUCGAGGGGGUUCUUCCGGCAGCCGCUGGAGGAGAAGCAGAGGUACACGAACAUGGCCGACGGCGAGCACUUCCAGCUCGAGGGGUACGGGAACGACCGGGUGGCAUCCGAGGGCCAGGUCCUGGACUGGUGCGACCGCCUCUACCUCAAGGUGGAGCCCCAAGACGAGAGGAACCUUCCACUAUGGCCCACGCGUCUCAGGGGCGUGCUGCAGGAGUUCACCGCGGAAUGCACGAAGCUGAAGGAUCGCCUCCUCCCGGAAAUGGCGAAGCUGCUGGAGCUUGACGACGACUACUUCGGCGACCAGUUCGGUGACAAGGCUGACACCCACGCCAGAUUCAGCUACUACCCCCCGUGCCCGAGGCCGGAUCUCGUGUUCGGCCUCAAACCUCACUCCGACGGCAGCUUCGUGACGCUUCUCAUGGUCGACAGCAGCGUUGGUGGGCUUCAGGUUCUCAGAGACGGAGUCUGGUAUGAUGUGCCGACCAGACCUCGCACCCUGCUCAUUAACCUAGGAGACCAAAUGGAGAUAAUGAGCAAUGGGAUCUUCAGGAGCCCAGUGCAUAGGGUUGUGACGAAUGCAGAGAAGGAGCGGCUGUCAGUGGCUCUGUUUUAUUCUGUAGAUCCUGAAAGAGAAAUCCAGCCCGCGGGUAAACUGGUAGAUGAGAACCAUCAAGCACUUUACAAGAAGGUGAAAAUCAAAGAAUAUGUUGCUGGGCUCUUUGAACACUUCUCUCAAGGAAAGAUGGUCAUCGACACUGCAAGGAUAUAGAUGUAGUAUAUCUACGUAGUAAAAGUCAAAAGUAAAUAAGGACUAGACUGGAAACUGCAAUAUGUCAACUUGUGUUGAAUAUUUUUUUUUGUUAGAAAAUAAGGUGUACUUAAGUCGUUGUGGCUGGCUUGCCUCAUCAAUAUGUGUUCUUUUUAAAAGAUAGAAGUGAAAUGCGAUAGAAUAGAUAGAACAGGGGCAUUGUCCUAACGUGACAUACCAAUAAUCUCUUUUCA